AUGGGACUCGCUUGUUGUCUACGAACCAAUGAUCCUUCCGAUGAUGAUUUUCAUACAACAACAACAACAACAACCAAUAUCAAUAAUAUUACUGCAACAACAACAGCAACCAAUAAUAAUAAUAAUACACACCACCAUUUAGCAUCAACAACAACAACACCAUCACUCCGACACCACCACCAUGAAAAUCAUCCUUCCAGCUCUCCAUCCUCUCCUCAAAGAAAAAAGAAUCCACCUCCCUCCAUUCCAUCUCCGUAUCAAGUUCAAGAAUUUCAGAAUUUUUUGGAAUUGAGUCAAUGCUGUCGAAAGAAAUUGAACAUUGAAAUGGUGAAUUACAUUUUGGAUUUUUGUGAUUUUUUGGGUGAAGCAGAAGUGUUUGAGAGAGCUUUGCAACGAUUCAUGUUUGCACAUUAUGAAAAUUCAUUGAAAUUUCAAGAUGGAGAAGAGUAUUCUUUGACGACGACGAAUGCAGCGAUGGAUGUGAAUAACAAUUCUUCUUCAAUGAAAAUAUUCUUGUCAAGUUUUGAAUCGACGAAUUCUACGAGUACGGUGGUGGCCAAUCAGACGACUCAUUUACUUGCAAAUUCUCAACUUCAGAAUAACACCACCACGAAUCAUCCAACAAUGGGAACUUUUAACACAAAUCAAACUCCAAGAACAUCAUCGCCAAGAAUGAUGAAAAUGACACCCAAUGAUCAUUCUCCAUUUCGUUCCACUUCAAUAUUUGAUCUUAAAGUGGUUCAAUUCGAAUGUAACAUUUUUAGAAAAUUUUGGAAUGAUGCUGUCAGCAUGUAUAUCACACCAAAUUCUGAUAAGAAUCAACAAGAUCCAGGUGAAGAUGAAGAAUUGUUUAAUCCAUUUGUAGAUACUGAACCAUUUAAUGAAAAAUUAUGUAACAAACUCAUUCGUAUUGCAUUUGGAAAGAAAGGAAAUACGAUCAUUAGCUUGAUUCGUCAUUAUGACUUUUCAGAAAUAGAUAAGAGAAGUUGGAAGAGCUUUCCAAUAUUUGGAAAAGGAUUAUUGUCAUUCAAAGCACCAUCAUUUAUCGAUUUAACUUAUUUUGAUGAAUAUUUUGUAGCCUUGAGCCAUGUGAACACCAUGUUAGAGAAGAAUUCCAAAUUGAGACUUAAAUUAACUCUACCAGUGAAUAUGGAAAACAAUUUGAACGAAUCGGACCAGCAAAUUUUAGCAGCCACGACUGACAUUUCGUUUGUAGAGGAAGUCCAUUCGAAAUUUAUCAGCUCAUUGUUAAGAAAUCUAGCAAAACUUCAUAACAAAGCCCCGAAUUGGGUUCUUCCAAGUCUGACAUUGAGUCAACAGGAGAAAUUUGCUGUAAAUGACGACUAUUUGGGAUUAAUAUCUACAUUUCCAAUUCACAGGCUAAAAAUUACACUCAAUUUCUAUCAUCCCUCUCUACCCACGAAAUAUCUUGAAGCUCUUCUUGGGAAUACUUCCAUUAGAUAUUUAGAAAUAGAGAAUAUUAAGCUCACGGGACAGCUUGUGGAAAAUAUUAAGGACAAGAUCACUUUUGAGAAGAUUUGGGUAAGCCCUGAAUCUCGCUUUAUUGCACUCUUCUCACGUACCAGUCAUUUACGAUGCUUAGUGAUUAAUGGUGGAAUUUCAUUUCAUGAACCAUGUUUAGAAAGUCUUCAAAAGGCGUUUCCAGCCUACAUGUUUGAAUGA